GGCGGCGGCGGGGGCGGAGGCGGCGGCGAGUGCGGCGCGCGCCGGAGCCGCCAUUUCGGACGCCGUGAGGGGGCCGCGCGUCCUGCAGCGCUCGGGACGCGUCCUGCAGCCCGGGGCGGGCUGGGGCGGGGCGUGCGCUCAGCCUGUUUCCUCGUUUGAACAGUUCUUAAGCCAGUGAAGGAAAGAACUUCGAAUUUGUAAAAAUAAAAAAUAAAAAAAAAAAAAAAGAAGAAGAAGAAAAUAAGCCUUAAUAAUUUUUGGCAUUAAUCUUUCCUUUUGCUAGGCUCUUUAUCUCGGGAAAGAUGGCAGAUCCCUGGCAAGAAUGUAUGGAUUAUGCAGUUGGUUUAGCAAGGAAAGCUGGGGAGAUAAUCCGUGGAGCACUCAAAGAAGAAAUAUCUGUUAUGACUAAAAGUUCACCUGUAGAUUUAGUGACAGAAACUGAUCAAAAAGUAGAAAACUUCAUUAUUUCUUUGAUAAAAGAAAAGUAUCCUUCUCACAGCUUUAUCGGAGAAGAAUCUGUUGCAGCUGGAGAGGGCAGCAUUCUGACAGAUAACCCCACAUGGAUUAUAGACCCUAUUGAUGGUACUACCAACUUUGUACACAGGUUUCCAUUUGUGGCAGUUUCAAUUGGCUUUGUUGUAAACAAAAAGAUAGAGUUUGGAAUUGUGUAUAGUUGUAUAGAAGACAAGAUGUAUACUGCCAGAAAAGGAAAAGGUGCAUUUUGCAAUGGUCAGAAACUUCAAGUAUCGGGCCAAGAAGACAUUACAAAAUCCCUGUUAGUAACAGAAUUGGGGUCAAAUCGUGAUCCAGAGGCUAUAAAAAUAAUUCUUUCUAAUAUGGAAAGACUUCUCAGUAUUCCUAUUCAUGGGAUUAGAGCUGUUGGUACAGCAGCUGUGAACAUGUGCCUUGUGGCAACGGGUGGAGCUGAUGCCUAUUACGAAAUGGGGAUUCACUGCUGGGAUAUGGCAGGAGCUGGAAUCAUUAUUACUGAAGCCGGUGGAGUACUGCUGGAUGUAACAGGUGGACCAUUUGAUUUGAUGUCUCGAAGAAUAAUUGCAGCAAGUAGUCGAGCUAUUGGAGAGAGAAUAGCCAAAGCACUUCAAGUAAUUCCUCUGAGAAGAGAUGAUGCAACCAACUGAAGACCAAAGCUGCACCAUAAAUGUCCUUAUCUAAUGUUGUCUCCUUUUCCCACAUGGUGGUCGUUCUACCUUGAAUAGAUGGUAAUCUUUCAGUACUGGUGUGGCUGCUAAGUAGAGCUUUGAGACUGAACAACAUUCUAAAUAAGCUUUAACUGUUGAGUAUUUUAUUUAACAUCACAAUUAGAUAAAAACCUAGAAAAAUAAGUAAAUAUAUGCAACUAGUAUUUUUAAGUCUUAUACUAUACUGGAACACAUAGCAAGAGACUCUUUGAUGUAUAGAUAAGUAAAGAUCACUAGUUCUGUAAGUGACAGAAACAAAACCCACAGCUCUCAUAACACCGCGUCAUCACAUCUUAUCCUGAACCCAAAAAAAGAAGGCAUUACUGUUUAUCCAGUCUUUCUCUGUCUGGUCUCCAGUGUAUCCAUUUCCUUACCUCAUUGCAGUUUUUGUAGAGGUGGUUGACACAUUUCCAAACCUGUUGGUUGCUUGUAGUUUUGGCUACAAUUUAAAGCCUUUAUUACUUACAUGUCAUUGAUUUUGUAGUCAUCAUUCUACCUUUCCAAUAGUAGAGCACACAAUGUCUUCUUUAGCCUCAUAUGUGGCCAGUACACUUGAAAAUCCAUUACAAUUUUGAAACUAAUAGUUAUUGUGCCAGAAAAUAUGUUCAUCUUCCACAAUUAAGUUCUGAGCACACCUAUCACCAAAUGUACUUACUUGAAAUUAAGAUGCAGUAUGAUUAUAAUUUUGUUAAUUUUGAUUGGGUUUUUUCAUGGAUGAGUUUGUUUCAAAGUCUAAGGAAUCAUUAAAGCCAAGAGAGUUUUCAGUACUUCAGCUGGCAAAAAAAUAAGCCCAUAGUCCAUAUUUUUUACAUAAUUUCCUAAUUUUUUUGUAAACUACAAAAGCAGUGACCAACCAGGACUAGGUUUCCAUUGUGAUUUACAGAAUGUUCUCAGAGGAAGAUAUUUCCGUUGUGUUUUACAGAAUGUACACAGAGGAAGAUAUAUACCUGAACCUAAAGGAUAGUGAUUUAGUUCUAGGUAUCAGUUGUUGUAAACUUCGAAAAUUUUACUGGUUCUUUGCAUUUUUGUAUUUAAAAUUGUUAAAAGCAUCAGUGCACUGUUCAGAUAAUUAAUGCACUUUAUAAAAGGAUGUCACAUUGGUUUUUAGACUGGUAUUUUUUUGUGUGUGUGUUGAAAAGAAAGUUGUCUCACUGGUUGUUUAGUUAAGAAGCAGCAGUGUUCUGGAAAACUUGACUUUAUGUACUGCUGUCCCACUAUUUUUGCUUUGGAAAAUGGUAUAUUGAAGUUUCAUGAGAUUGCAUAUUAUAAAUGUCAGGUUCUUACAGCAGUUGAUUUUUGCAGAUUUUUCAGAAACACUUAAUUUUAAGAUGUAUCUAAUGCCAGAUGAUUAAUCUUAACAAGGUCAGCCUCCUAUUUAAAGGUCUUCCCAAAAAAAGCCAGACUUAAAAUUACUUUACUUUUUAAAUUCCUGUUGACAAGGAUGUAAACCUUUUGAGCAUUUCACUGUAAUUUUAUUGCUGUAAACAAUGUAUGUGGGAUCAUGGUUAUUUUUGUAAUGCCUUCUGUACCAUUUCUGUGGCUUUUGUAUAACAAAAUCUGUAUAACUUUAUUUGUGAAAUGGCGAUAUGUCUAAAAAGUACUUAAGAUGGCAGAACACGUCAGAAAUAAAUACACUUUAGCAGCA